AGGAAAAGUAGAAAUGUAGAAGUCUCUAUGAGUUUCUAGAACGUUCAAAGCAAGGGAAUCCAUUCAUUCAUAAACACCUUCCAGACUUAGCGUCCAACAAUAGUACAUGCUAAGUUGUUACAGAAUCAAUCUUUGGAAGGAUGUCGAUAGUACCCAUCAACGAAGGCCAAGGAAACGCUUCCAACUCCAACUCCAACUCCUCUCUGAACUUAUGGGAUCCAAAUUCCAUGUUACAGUGGGACCCUUUCAUGGAUUUUCACCUCCCACUCUCUUCUCCCUUUUCCAAUUUCUUCCCUGACUUCGGCUUCGGAUCAUCCGUAAACACCCGUCUGGAUUGGAAAGAAACACCCAGAGCUCACAUAUGGAAGAUCGUGCUUCCUGGUUUCACCAACGAAGACGUGCUGGUCGAGCUCCAAGACGAGAGGAUGCUUCAGGUUAGUGUUGAGAGUGGGAAUUUCAUGAGCAGGUUCAAGAUUCCUGAUGAUGGUAACCUUCAUCAGCUUAAAGCUAAUAUGAUUAAUGGCGUUCUUGUUGUCACUGUUCCUAAACUUGAACAAUCCGUUGGUUCUGGAGCAGGCAGGAACAUUAGAGUCGUUGAAAUUGAAGGCACCGACUAAUUAAUAAUUAUGUGUUUCUUCAGUUUGUUUCCUUAACACUAAGUAGUACUAUGGUUAUGUAUCUCUGUUUCUUUAUGUAGAUUUAUAAGAGUGUUAUCUGCUACCAUGCUAUAUGUUAUGGUAUUAACUAUUAUGAACGCAUAUAUUGUAUCUAUAGAUCUUAAUAAACAUUAAUUAGUUA